CAGCUGGAAGAGAAAGCAAAAGAAAGUGAAACCAAAAGUAGAAACAGAGCGGUGUGAUUCAACUGUGCUUUACAGACCGGAGAGAUUAUAAAAUAACUACUGACAACAGAAAUGGCUUGUGCCAGUAGUCUAAUGGUGGAGGACAACUUUCUUUGCUCCAUCUGUCUGGAUGUCUUCAAUCAACCUGUGGCGAUUCCCUGUGGUCACACCUUCUGUCGUGGCUGCAUCACAUUCCACUGGGACACUAACAAACCUUUAUUCCUGUGUCCACUGUGUAACAAGGAGUACUCAAAGAUACCAGACCUUUGUGUCAACACUGUCCUCGCUAAUGCUGCCGAAAAGGUGAAAAAGACCAUUCAGGAAAGACCCCAUGACACCCCUGAACAAGCAGGAAGUGGACAUGUGCUCUGUGGUAUGUGUACUGGGGGGAAGCUCAAAGCCACCAAGUCCUGCUUAACAUGUUUCAUGUCUUACUGUGACGCACAUCUGGAGCCUCAUCAGAGAGUUUUACCCUUGAGGAAACACAAACUGAUCAACCCGGUCGAGGACCUCGAGAGCAGGAUCUGCAAGAAGCAUGGUGAGCAUUUGGAGCUGUUCUGCAAAGUGGAUUUAAUGUUUCUAUGUAGAGUCUGUGUAGACAGUGACCAUAAAAGCCAUAAGACAGUGAGUGUGGAGGAGGAGGCUGAAAAGAGGAAGGACGAGCUGGGAAAAGAAAAGAAAGACAUGGAUCAGAUGAUUCAGACGCAUCAGCAGAAACUUCUAGAGAUCCAACACUCAGUGGAGGCGAGUGGAAAUAAUGCAGAGAAGGCGCUGGCAUACAGCAAGCAUGUGAUGACUGCUCUGGUGGACUACAUCAGGAGAAGCCAAGUCGAGCUGAGUGAGGUGAUUCAGACGAAGAAGAAAAAGAUUGAAGAAGAUGGGAAAGGCUUCAUUAAAGAACUGGAGGAAGAGAUGAUGCAAAUAAAGCAAAAACAAUCUGAACUUGAUCAGGUCACUGGCAUCAACGACUCCUUUGAAUUCCUGCAGAGUUUCCUUUCUCUCACCAUCACUGCUCCACAGGUGAAGGACUGGUCUGAGGUGACUCUUAACAGCGACCAGUUUACUGUGCAGGAAACAUUGAUGAAGCUGGAGACAACAGUGACAAGAGAAAUCAGGCUGCUGUGUGAUCCAGACUUGAAGAAAAUGCAGUUUCAUGCCGUGAAUCUGACUCUUGAUCCGGACACAGCGAACCCUUCUCUCAUUGUUUCUGAGGACGGGAAAGAAGUCAAGUGUGGAGACAGAAAGAGGAACGUCCCGGACAAGCCAGAGAGGUUCGAUCAUGUCCUCAAUGUCCUCGCAAAGGAGAGUUUUCAUUCUGGAAAGUUCUACUUUGAGGUCCAGGUCCGAGGGAAAACCCAGUGGGAUCUGGGAGUGACUAACCAGUCCAUCAACAGGAAGGGGGACAUAAGACUGAGCCCUAAGAGUGGAUACUGGACCAUCUGGCUGAGAAAAGGAAACGAGUUCACGGCCAACGCUGGCCCUGCUAUCAACCUCCAUGUGAGAGAGAUUCCUCAAAAGGUCGGAGUGUUCGUGGAUUAUGAAGAAGGUCAAGUUUCCUUCUACGACGUUGACGCCAGGGCUCGCAUCUUCUCCUUCACUGGAUGUAACUUCACUGAGAGACUCUUUCCAUACUUUGGACCCUGCGGUAACGACGGCGGUAAAAACUCAGCCCCACUGAUCAUCACUCCUGUCUGUAACAACAUCUGAGUUUUGGUUUUGUGAGUGAAGGACACAGGGUGAGGGGAUGUGAGGAGAGUUUAUAAUAGUCAAGAAACUCCAAUGUGUCAUUUUGUUUCUCUCAUCCAUCAGUGUCAGUUGCCUAUCACACAGACAGCUUCAGAUCUGUACACACACAAACAGCUGGCUAUUAAUUUUGAUAUCUGCAAGCUGCUCUUGUCUGUCAACAUGUUCAUACCAAAGAUAUAGGUCAUACACCACUUUCAAUACUUUUUUGUGAUACUUGGAGUCAAACAUAACAUAAACAAGAGUGUUUGCUUGUGACAGGCUGCUAUUGAGAGACACAGCAGGUUCUAACAAACACCUGAAUUUUGGACUGCGUGUAUGAAGACUUCACCUUAUUGAUGAGCCACCUCUUAGGGCUAUUUUAUUCUUCAUCUUUUUGAAUAAUUAGUUAGGACAAAAAGGUUAUCCAGCUCUUUUUUCUGUAGUACUGAGUGUUCGAAACACUGGAUAACAAAUGUGUGCACCUCCUGUGUGCUGUUUAAAUGGAAUUUCAUAUGAGUGUGCAAUAAAUAAAUAAAUGUGCUUGAGGAAGCUGCAUCAGCAAUCUCUUGGAUAUUUUUCAUCUAGACCAGGUAAAAACCCACACCACACUACAAAAAAAUAAACUGAAAUACUGAAUCAUUCCUCUGAAAAACAAACACAAAUCAGCAACUGUCUUGAAAGCCUGAGAUUCCCACAACAUACACUUAGCAAUUCUGUAGCAAUCACUUGAAAACAAUCCAUCAUGCUUCUUUCCCAGUAUAUUAUGAAAAGCAAUUUUCAUAAACAGAAGAACUUGAUUGUAAUGAUGACAUAAUGAUAGCACACCAUGUCUCACUGUGUUAAAGCGAUCUCUGAGUACUUUGGACUGUGUAAUUACUUUGCCUUAAUGAGAGACAGUAUGUGAAAAAAAAAAGAGUCCAUCAUGUGGUUAGUGUGCGUGCGUGUGUGUGUGUGUGUGUGUGUUUCUUCAGGAGCACGUGUCUUUGUCCUACAGUAUGUGCAUUUAAUGAAGAGCCAAAUGAAAUGAGAUCAAUCUAUCCAUUAGGGUCCCUUAACGAGACUAAAUCCACGUGGCUGAUAAUGAGUUGGUGCUCCUUCAGUCGUCCUCAGAGAGCUGGAGGACUGAAGCAGAAGAAGAUCUGCAACCAGACAAUCUCAGACCCUCUAAGCCUGUAAAUGUUCAGCUCCAGAUGUUGUAGCGCACCAUCAUUUAGUGUCUGCUCCUUCAGGGGGUUGUCUUCAAGUUAGCAAGGUUACUGAUAGAAACUCCAGGAAACACUUAUCAUCUGUUAUCAUCAAUCUGACAUUACUGGGCCGUACUCAUUAGUCUGAUGGAUCAAUGUUCUGUAGACUUCUGUUGUUACCGGGAUAUUAUUAGCUUUGAAGCGACUGCUGUGCGUUCUCUGCACUUCAUGCUGUGCAACAACAUGUGGCUAAUGGAACAAUAAACAACUGAAACAUCA